UAUCGGCUAUUAGAGAUCUCGGCAACGGCAUUGGGGCAUGGCGAGCAGCAAGAGACUAGCUGAGCUCUUUGUGCUCCUUUCAAUGCUGUUCAUUGAUGGAGCGCAUGGUUCUACCGGUGCUAUGGUACAGAUUUCCCUACCAGACUUCCUUCGCAUCCAGCCAACACCAGAUCCAGUUGGCUUACACGGGCAAGAUAGCACACUUCAUUUCCACGAUGUGGUACUCAGCACAAAGACAUCAUCCAGCUGCAGAAAGCUGAACGUCAUGCUAAGUGAUCCGGAGAGCAGAGGAGACUCGUGGACAGCAUGCUGGAGCUCCCGCGGGCCAUUUCAACUGACUACACUAAAUGUGACAGCGCCACAGCUUGCCCGGGGUCUGCGCCAGUCACUAGACUUUGCAUUGGUCAAGGAACAUGGAAGUGAGGUGCUAGUUGCCUUAGUUGUGGACACGAAGACACCGAGCGCAACGGAAAUCAACUGGUCUGUACAGUCUACACGUGGGCACUCCCACCACAUAUCUGGGCUAGAAAAGUACCUGAAGAGGAAUAAUUGGAGUGUUCCUGAGGAAGCUAUUCAAUUGAGUCGCUCACAUGCCUUCGCGAGCAUUUCUGGACACUUUCUAUCUUUCAGGGCCUCCACGCCUGAUGGGACCAACCCAGAGUUUGAUGAUCUGCCAUUUCAGCUGAUGUACUCCUGUACCUGCAACUGCACGCUAGAUGUAUCUGCUAAACUCAACAUUUCCCUCUUCCUGCUGGAGCCGACUAGAAACCCAGACAGGGAGUACACACACAGCGAGAAUGUCAUUCCUAAGCAUGUGCAGCUGUAUCUCUCAAAUUACACAUUCGAUGUCAACCUGGUUUGUAAAGGCCAGCCAUUGCCGAUCAAGUCGCACACAGACAGCAAGGUAUACAACAAUAGCCUGGCUAUCGGUUUGCCCAUUAUCUCACUGGUUGCUGCCGUCAUCUUGUACAAGGCAGGGAUAGUCAUUUUUCAAAGAGUGAGGGCAAAGUCAACACCCGCGGCACCUAGCGAGGAGGAUAAUACAGAUAACAUCAACAACAGGCUGCGACAGAACACAGUGGAGAGCGAUACUCUCACUGCUGAAGGAGCAGACCAACAGGCUGUCAAUGACUUGCUCCAGCACUGGAUACCUCUACUGAAGAAUGUACUCCUCAAAUCCUCAGAGAUCAGCAUCGGCAAUGAGAUAGGAGUUGGUGCAUAUGGACGUGUUACGGCGGGCUCCGUUAUGAAAGGGCGGCAGACAAUGACCGUUGCUGUGAAGACACUAAAAGCUGUGAACAGCAUUGAGGAUGUGGACAACUUUCUAUCGGAGGCUCUCAUCAUGCAGAACUUCCACCAUCCAAACAUCGUGGGCCUGGUCGGCGUGUGCCUGCGCCUGAGCGGUCCUCCUCUGGUCUGCCUGGAGUACAUGGCUGAGGGUGACCUAAGGUCCUAUCUGCAGCAUCUGAGCAAGUCCAUCAGCCUAGAAGACAUAUGGAGCGAGUGGUCAUUUGGAGUCCUUAUGUGGGAGAUCUUUUCCCUAGGACGCGCACCAUAUCGUAGCAUCCUCAAUGAGAAUGUUCGACAGUACUUGGAGUUGGGAGAGCGUCUAACACGGCCCGAACGGUGCCCAGAAUUUGUGUUCCAGCUGAUGCAACAGUGUUGGGUGGUGAAUGCCGACGACCGGCCGACUUUUCAGGAUGCCAGGUCCUAUCUCCUCAACCAUCCCAAUAGCUGCCUGCAAGCCCACAGCAUCAUUCAGCUGUCUCGUCAAUCCACGAUGCAUGUCCCAUACAGGCGGACAGCUGACCUGGAUGUGCGGUGCCCUAGUAUUGAGGAAGAGCUGGAUUGUAGGGCCGAUACUGGCCGCCUGCACGUGUCUUACAAUUCAGCGGCAUCUCAGAUGGAACUGGCAGAUGAACAUCUCCCAGAGAUGCACGAGCGAUUGCCACGCGAACCUCAGCGACCGCGAGGCCCCAGCAGUAGCAGUCCUGAGAGCCUGAGCGGAUCGGGGAGUGUGUCAAUGAGCUCCUCCAUGCGUGCAAGCCUACAGCCCAACUGUAGCGCACUGGAGCCAACACGGGAGCAGCUACAUGCCAGUGAUGCUGCAUUGCUGGACACCACAGAACUGAGUGGGAUGGCUCAAAGCUGCUCAUUCACGUCCAACACUAUCAGCCUACCAUUGUCUGAUCUGCAAGAAGAUAAUCACAUACAUGUGUAAUAUGAACAGUUCGGGCAGCAAAAGCCUUGAUCAUUUCUGCAUCAUGGUCUGCAUCGUUCCAGUCCGGACCGAUUUUCUUUUAUCUGCGUACAAUCAGCUGCAUGUCGCCGGCAUUUGCAUUGUGCAUUGUUUGUUCUCCGUUCUCUUUCCGUUCUAGCCGGAGAUAAUUCAUGAUAAGUUAGUAACUUACUGCAUGUACUAGUAUUCCACUUUUGUUUCCUCUUUACUGUAAGUGCUGAUAAUAGUGGCACCAGCCUGAAUAUCUGUGUGGGCAGACCCAAUUCAUAGCUUUGCUCAGGCAGUGAGCAAGAGGACCCGGAUUACUGUUACCGCUUUCUUUAUCACGGCAUUGCCUUGUACCACUCGAUUAGCUUACUUCUACCUUAUUAGUAUUAGCAAGAGUACAUACUGUACUCUUGGUAUUAGUGGUAUUAUAUCUGUGUGAGCAGGCCCCUAUUCAUAGAAUUGCUCAGGCAAUAUGCAAGAGGACCAGAAUUAUUGUUGGUACAUUCAUCAUCGCGGCAUGGCCUUGUGCCGUUCCCUAUUGAUCAACUUAUCCUAUUAGUAGGAUAAUCAAACCUCUCUGUUUAAUUUAAUUUAUGCCGCAAGUACCAUCCAAGUCGAGUGUUCAUUUGUUCAUGAGCAGAUUAUAUUAUUCGAACCAUGAAAUC